AAAGAACAGCUUCUUGAAUCCGACAUCAACUUCACACGCAAUAAAUUUGACAAAUGCAAAAUUCAAUCAUAUUUUUUCGUUUUCAUUUGAUGUAAUUAAAUCUGUAAUUUUUCGGGUAUAAAUUCCACGUUAAAAAUUGCAAAUGGCACAAAAGGGACAAACGAAAAAAUCAAAAAAAGCAAACGUUAAAGCAAAUGAAGAACAAAAAAGUACUAAAACAUCUGGAGGAAUUUGUGCAUUACAAGGUCCUGGCCCAAGAUAUAAAUUGAAGCCUGUUUUGGGAUUUAAAGACCAUUGCUCUUCAAAAUAUCGUAAUCCAGCUUUUUCAAUGCUCGGCAAAACCUUGAAAGCAAAUCUCGGAAGUCGUGGACCGGGACCCAAGUACCGACUGCAAUUUCCACCCGCUGGAGGAUUCUCUUUUGGAAUUGUCCUCAAAGAUCAAAGACGCGACCAUUUUCCUGGACCUUAUUUCAUACCUCCGGUCGCUCCAACACCUGCUUUUUCGAUGAAAUGGCGAACGAAAGAGCGUGAGAAAGCUAUCACACCAGGACCACAUGGUUUACCGAGAGACCUUAACGGUCCUGCUUUCUCCAUGGGUCUAUGUCUUCCCUCUGUGAAAAUCGGCAGUGUGCCAGGUCCAGGGGCAAUAAAACUGGAUAUAGUUAAACCCCGUGCUCCAGCCUACAGCUUCCCAUUCCGGCCAAAAACAAAGCGAGGACUAUGUACCCCUGGACCAUACGGUCCUGUUAAUUUGAAUAAAGCCCCCGCUUUUUCUUUCGGAGUUAAACACCACCCUUGUGCCCCACCUUACAUUACCGAAUGCGAUCAAGCCUGUUAACAUUAAAAAUAUCUACAAAUAAAUAUAACAACUUAUUCCAGA